GAAGGCAGCAAAGCGAUACUAAUUACGUCACGUGUGCUGGUGAAAUGAGUGCCAUGGCAGCUCCCGUCGCUCUCAUUCAAGGUGCCAGCAGAGGACUGGGGCUUGAAUUCUGCAAACACAUACUAAAAAACAAAAGCCUCGCUGCUGUCGUAGCGACAUGCCGAACCCCGGACGGAGCGGCGGAGCUGCGGGGCCUGGCGGGACAACACCGGGGCAGACUCACGGUCCUCAAGCUGGACGUGAACCUGGAGGAGGACAUCCGCGAAGCAGCUGCGCGGGUGAAGGAGAACUUCGGUCGGGUGGAUCUACUCGUGAACUCUGCGGCGAUGCUUCACCCCACCGGGAAAGGAGAAACUAGUUUGAGGGAUGUUUCUGCGCAGGGCAUCAUAUCCACCUUGACGACCAAUACGGUGGGACCCCUGGUAAUGGCCAAAUAUUUUAGCCCUCUCCUUCAGAAGGGCAGCGGCGCCUUCGGUCUGCAGCCUUCAGAGAAAGCGAAGCACCACAGCGGCGUCAUCGUCAACAUCACAGCUAAAGUUGGGUCCAUUGGAGACAACGGUCUUGGUGGCUGGUACAGCUACAGAAUGUCUAAAGCAGCUCUCAACAUGGCUACCAGGAAUUUAUCCAUAGAACUGGGCCGCAGUCAGCCCAAGGUGGUGUGUGUGUCUUUACAUCCGGGAACAGUUAACACGGACCUUUCCAGGCCUUAUCACCGGAAUGUGCCGAACGACAAGCUGUUCAGUGCUGAACACUCUGUGAACUGUCUGAUGGGCAUCAUUAAUUCACUAAGCAUUGAAAAGACCGGGAAGGCAUACAGCUGGGAUGGUACCGAGCUUCCUUGGUAGAAUCAAAAAUUCACAUAGUGCAUAGAUGUGGGUCAACCUCUUUGUGAAAACUGUCGGAGCAGGUGAUGCUGUGAUAAACAGGAAUUUUACCAUUGACUCAAUGAAAAGAACUGGGUGUUUUUUAACAUAAUAAUUAAGUCACAGAGAAACCUUCUUCUCUACCUCAACACCAAAGUGCAUAAAUUAGAAUAAAUCCUUAAAGGCAAGGUGUGGCUCUUAAGAUAUAAGACUGUUUUAACAACAUGUGGAUCAUUUCAAUAAAAACGUGUUCACAAAUAAAGGUUGUGAAAUACUUUUUGUGUAUGAUCUGAACUGACAGAUGUGCAAGUAAACUCUUAAUCGUUGCAUUUAUCUCUGAGUUGGAUUUUGAGGUCGGGUUGGUUAAGACUCCUCCGCCUCUCCAAUUUGGACGAAGAUUAACAUCUUCCAGGUGUUAAUCUAGUUUUUUUCUUUUAACUAAGAACUUGGUUAUUCCCAUCAACCUGGACCAGAUUCCUAUUCCCAUUUGAAGAAAAACAACCCCAAAACAUUUUUAAGUAUGAGAUUGGAGUUUUCAGGGUGAUGCACAGUGUUGGCUUCAUUCAUGUGUCCCCCUUGGCUUAUUGCGAACUGUAGAUCGGACUUUCAGCUCACAAAAAGAAUCUUCACCAAACAGUGCAAGUCUAGCUCCUACGGGGCUGGGGUGUUCUAACUUUUUCCUUAUAAAGAAUACAUAUUUGUCUUCUGUUAGUUAGUUAUUAUUGUUUUAAGUGCAAUUAAAUCACUUUCUUUCCCUGA